GGGGUGUGCGUGUGAGUGGGGGGGGUCCUGGUCGGAGGCCAAGGUCAGCUGGGUGGACGGGCAGAGGGAGCAGUGAGGUCUGAGCCCUUCCUGGGGACAUGCGUCCGCUCAGGGUGCCCUGCAGGGGACCCUGGGCCUGGAGCAGGUCCUGCUGGCCAGAGGGCAGGGCUGGGCACCCCGCCAGGGACCGGCCCCAGGUUCUUCAGGGAUUCAACAGUGGAGGGCCACCCAGGUAGCCCUUGGGGACAAGGCAUGGAAAGCGAGGGCCCCUUACCCCAGUUCAUGGGAGACCAUGAGGCCCGUGAGAAGGGACAGCUGGGCCCUGCAUUGCUGGGAUCUGGGCCCCAGCCCCGAGUCCCCACUGCCUGUCCCACCGGGAGCAGGCCCAGGCUGCCACCUCAGCCCUGGUGGCUGCCACUCUGGCAAGCACUGCGUGUCCCUGGGCCAAGGCCUCGGUCCGCCUAGCCCUAAGGGACCAACCUGGCCUUGAUAAGGCUGCCGGCCUUUAACUGAUGGCUGCUGUCUCUGGGGGAUGGUUGCUAUAACGAAGGGGGCUGGAGACACGUGGGGACCCCAGCUGGGGGCACUGGAUGCUUGAAGAAGGUGGCAGUUAUGUAUCAGAUGCCCACACCCUUCAUCGUGGCCACGCUAACAAGCAGGGGACAAGCAGGGGACGCAGCCCACACUUCCUCGCUGGAUGACCUUCGCAGCUGUGUGACCUUGGAGGCGACCCCUCUGGGCCUCAUGGGCUAGUAAAUGGCCUGGGUGCUGUGUGAGCGUCAGAUAAGAGGAGACACAGGGUGCCUGGCAGAGUGCCCGGCGCCCAGCAAGUCCUCGCGGCUGUCGGGCCAAAGUCCGCGCCCUCAGCACAUGGCCUGGCUCCAUCCUGCCACCACCCUGGGACACACAGCUCCUCUCGCCCGUGGGCCUGGUGGCUGGGAUGGAGGGCGCCCCGGCUGGCCACUUCCACACGACCACGCCUCUGCUGGAGAGCUGGGCGCUGUCCCGGGAGGCGGGCGUGAAGGUCCUCCUCAAGUGUGACAACAUGCAGCCGGCCGGCUCCUUCAAGAUCCGGGGCAUCGGGCACUUCUGCCAGCAGAUGGCCAAGAGGGGGUGCAAACACCUGGUGUGCUCCUCAGGGGGCAAUGCCGGCAUCGCUGCUGCUUACUCUGCUCGGAAGCUUGGCAUCCCGGCCACCAUCGUGCUCCCCGAGACCACGUCCCUGCAGGUGGUGACGAGGCUGCGGGGACAGGGGGCUGAGGUGCAGCUGGCUGGAAAGGUCUGGGAUGAUGCCAAUCUGAGGGCACAGGAGCUGGCCAAGAGGGACGGCUGGGUGAACGUCCCCCCGUUUGACCACCCUCUGAUAUGGGAAGGCAACGCCAGCCUGGUGGGGGAGCUGAAGGCCACCCUGGGGACCCCGCCAGGUGCCGUGGUCCUGGCAGUGGGCGGCGGGGGACUCCUGGCAGGGGUGGUGGCCGGCCUGGUGGAGGUGGGCUGGCAGCACGUGCCCAUCAUCGCCAUGGAGACCCGAGGGGCGCACAGCUUCAACGCCGCCGUGGAGGCGGGCAAGCUGGUCACGCUGCCGGACAUCACCAGCGUGGCCAAGAGCCUGGGCGCCAAGACGGUGGCCUUGAGGGCCCUGGAGUGCACGCGGGAGUGCAGGGUCCUGUCUGAGGUGGUGGACGACGGGGAGGCUGUGAGCGCUGUGCAGCGGUUCCUGGAUGACGAGCGCUUGCUGGUGGAGCCCGCCUGUGGUGCAGCCCUGGCCUCCGUCUACUCGGGCCUCCUGGGGAGGCUGCAGGCUGAGGGCCGCCUGGGCCCCCUGGCCUCUGUCGUGGUCAUCGUUUGUGGGGGCAACGGCAUCAACAGCGGAGAGCUGCAGGCUCUGAAAGCCAAGCUGGGCCAGAGCUGAGGGUCCCCAAGACCCGCCCCCGAAGGCUGUGGACACGUGUGGUUGGCUCAGGGCCUCUGCUCCAGGGGAUGACUGUGGGGGCUGCCUGGACAUUCAAGAUGGCCUCCUCCUCCUCCUCCUCCUCCUCCUCCUCCUCCUCCUCCUCCAGGAAGCCCUCCAGAACUGCUCCUGGGGCUCCUGGCAGCCACGGCCAAUAAAGCCCUCCGGGCCAUGGAUCCCAUCUUUCUCCCUCCACUAGCUCAAGGAGGCACGGUGACAAUCCUAAUCCUGUCCUGUGACAGGUGACUGCCCACACCCAGCUGUGCUACAGGAAGCCAGCCAGCCCAGGUCCUAGGAGGGCUCCUCUCACCUACAGGGCGGGCUCAGGGGGCCCGGUCAGGAAGGACAGGAGCAUUGUCACUCAUCAGAUCUGAGGGAGAGGACAGUGUCUAUUGAGUGAGUCACGUGCCAGGGACUCCUCUAGAACUUUCUACCCACCGUCUUCCUUCAUCUCCUCGGAGGUGCUAUGAAGCAGAAGCCAUUAUUCCUGCCCCUGCUUUACAGAUGGGAAUAUGGAGCAGGGAAGUGGACAGAGGUCACCCAAGGACACAGCAGGGAUGGGGCCCAGCCUGGUUCAAACUCUGCAAUGUCCAACGUCACUCCAUGUGGCUGGGGCUCACUGUGCGGGAGGUGGUGGAGGCGGGGUUUUGGGGAAGGGGUAGGAACCAGGUGGUCUGGAGGCAGGUGACCCAGGGGAGCGGGAGCCCAGGGCCCCUGGAGGUGCCUCUUAGGAAGCAGGAUGGAAAGUCCACUUCCUUGUGGCCACAAGGGGGCAGCAAAGGGUCUCCUUCGGGGCCAGCUGGCCCAGGGCAGGAGUCUGGUACCCUUGGGGUUCUCCUGGGCUCUACCUCCGUUGGCCCCUCACUGGCCGGGAGUGCCAAGGCCCCAGAGAUGGGCCACAGGGUCUUGGCACCAAGGAGCCUUUUCUAACCCCUGAAGCCCUGCUGGGAGACAGCUCAGAGGUGUGGACCACCAGACCUACCGCAGAGCUCGCCUCCCACCCCUCCCGCAGCCCCCUCUUCUGCCUCUUGUGGGCUGUGUGACCUUGGACAAGUGCCCUCCCUCUCUGGGCCUCAGGCUUCCCCUCAGUGAUGUAGGAGGCCCUCUCGCCGCUGCUGAUCUCCCUCCUUAUGCCAGGAAGCCCCUCCUUGCUCAGGAGCAGGGUCAGAGCCUGUAGUGACCAGUGGGGCUCUCUGUCUCAUUCUCUCUUAACCUGCGGUUGCCAGGGAUGCCACCCCCCAGAGAUCCCAGAACCAGGCCCUAUUUCCUGGGAGAAAAUUCACUUUGUGGAUUCCCCAGGACAGAGAAGACCUUAUGAGCUCUGGAGCUGGAUGCAGCCGGACCUGCACCCACUUUGCUCCUGCUGACCUGCAUGGUGACACAAAGGUGACCCCUGAGUGCCUCAGUGUGCUUUCCGUAAAGCAGGCUGUGGAGGGCUGUCACUAUGGUUGGCCACAGGCAGUCUUUCAAUAAAUGCCUACUGUCCCUGUCCCCUAAGCCUCCCUCCUCCCACAACCCGAGGUGGGGAGGAAUUAGGAUUUAUUCACAUGUGGACCCCUUUCACCUUAUCUCAUAAUGAUCCUCGUGGUGGGGUAGUAUCAUUAUCCCUAUUUUGUAAAUGAGGAAACUGAAGCACAGAGCAGUUGAGCCACUUAGCCUGGGUCACACAGCUGUAUGGCAACCCUGAUAUGUAAAGAGUAUGUAAUCCCUA